CUGUCACACGUGAAUUAUUUCCUAUGCCGUCAAACAUUAAAAUCUCUGAUAAAAGUCUAUUUUCAAAAGUUAUAGCUGCUAUACCACGUGCAUCCUUCGAAAAGAUGCUCUUCAAAAUGCAAGUUGAACAACGUCAGAUUGAUAUGGAAAGUAGUGAAACAAUACUUGAAAAUAUACAAAUCCUCGAUUGUCAAGCAAUCAUAAAACGGCGACACCGUGAUCUCGUCUACGAAGACAAUUUCAAUCCAACAAUAUUAGAUAUGGCAAAGAAUCGUGUAUUUACCUAUUCAAAACUGAAAAAAGUAUGCGGACAGUAUGAAAGUAAACGUAGUUUAGAGGAACAUAUCAAACGUAGUGAUGAAACGGCUUCAUUCUUCAGAGGAAAAGGCCUAUCGGAAGAUGAUGCACGUGCUGUAGCCUUUGCUAUUGCAUUCUAUACUGGUUCAGAGUGUGGCAGUGAUGGUAAUAAUCAAUAUCGUGGAAUCAAUCGAGCUUCAAGUGUAAUUGCACGACAGAGUAAUGGUGAAGCAAUUGCCAAUAUUGAUCAUGGUGAUAUGAAAGAUUCAGCUGUUAUUCUCUACUAUCUCAUUCGUGGCCUCGCACAUAUUCCUUUCUAUUGGGGUGUCUGUUCACGUGCUAUUUCACUUAACGAGGAACAACUGUCGGAAUAUGAACCUGGUGCACUUGUUUCUUGGUUUCAAUUUAGUUCAUCGAUGAAAGGACAAAAUGCACCACCACAUUUUGUUAAGCGUAGUAAUACAUUUUUUAAAAUUUACUCUGCAACAGGUCGUGGCAUUCAAGAUUUCUCCAUCUUUCCAAAGGAAGAAGAAAUUCUAUUUCUGCCCCAUUCAACAUUUCUCGUCGUAGAUCAUACACUGUCGUUUGAUGGCAAGAAACAUGUUAUUAAUUUGAGACAAGUGGAAUUAGGCUUAAGUGAAUAUACUGUACUAUGGGUUGAUGAUCAUAUAUUCAGUCCAAAAUGGCACAGUAAACGUCACAUGGAGUCGGCGGCUACACGUUCAUUAAAUAUCAACAUACACUUCAUACCAAAAUCAACUACAGAAUUUGCCCUUUCAUUUCUAAAAUCGCCGUUCGGUCAACGUCUUCGAAAUCGUGUUACAUUUCGAAUUGUAACCGAUAUGAAACGUGAUAAUGAAAGUUCAUCGGAUGAUGCUGGAAUACGGUUGAUUAAAAAACUUAGAGAAAUGGGUUUUCGCAAUGAAUGUUUGAUAUUCUGUAACUAUUUACCGAAGGUAACUGAACAAGUAAAGACUCAACUGACAUCGGAUGAACAACGACAUUUGGCUGUGACGUCGAAAGUAGAAGAUCUGUAUCAAUUUAUUCAAUUUAAAUAG